UCGGCCAAUGAGCGCCGCCGGGAGGCGAGUUUGAAUCGGCGGCCCCGGACGGGAGGCGGUGGCGGCGCAGAGCGGAGCCAUGAGGAAGAGCGAAGUGCUGGCGGCCGAGGCCGUGUCGUGCCUGAACCGCGCGUUGUCGGCGCUGCGGGACAUCUGGGAGGAGAUCGGCAUCCCCGAGGAGCUGCGGCUGGAGCGCACCGGUGCGGUGAAGAAGCACAUCAAGAACCUCCUGGACAUGAUGGUGGCGGAGGAGGAGCACCUGAAGGAGCAGCUGCUGAGGAGCGUCGCCGCGUACCGAAAGGAGCUCGACGGCCUCUGCGCGGAGCUGCAGGCGGAGCCCUUCCAGACAGAGGAGGGGAGUACCAUCCUACAGAUGGUGAAGGAUUUACAUACCCGCGUGGCGAUGUUGUUGAAGCAGAAGAAAGAUAGGAAGCAGGAAUUGAAGGCCCUGCAGGAACAGGACAAGAACCUGUGUGACAUUCUCUGCGUGUCCCUCUUCAGCAUUGAUGAUAGCGCCGUGCCCAGCCUGGACGAGCUUGACCGCUACCGACGGCACGUGGCCUCCCUCAGCGCUGAGAAGGAGCGAAGGCAAGAAGAAUUUGUCAGCAUCAAGCGGCAGGUCGUCCUCUGCAUGGCGGAGCUGGAGCACAGCCCUGACACCAGCUUCGAGCGGGACGUGGUGUGUGAGGAUGAGGAGGCCUUCUGUUUGUCCACAGAUAACAUCGCUAACCUCCAGAGCCUGCUGCAGCAGCUGGAAGCACGGCGGGCACUGAAUGAAGCCAUGUGUGCAGAGCUGCGCUCCAGAAUCACUGAGCUUUGGGAAAGGCUGCAGGUACCUGAGGAGGAGAGACAGUCUUUUGCAGUGCACAUGACUGGAUCCAAAGCGAAAACCAGGGAAGCUUUGAAGCUGGAAGUAGGCCGUCUGGAGGAGCUGAAGCUGCAGAACAUGAAGUCCGUGGUUCAGGCGAUCCGCGCAGAGCUGGCUGAAUACUGGGACAAAUGCUUCUACAGCCAGGAGCAGAGGGACGCCUUCAGUCCCUAUUACGAUGAGGAUUAUACAGAGGCCUUGCUCCAGCUCCAUGAUAUUGAGGUGGAGAAGGUGAAAAGCUACUACAGAACACACAAGGAGCUGUUUGAGGCUGUUCAGAAAUGGGAGGAGAACUGGAAGCUGUUUCUGGAACUGGAGAGGAAAACAGCUGACCCCAGCCGCUUCUCCAACCGCGGGGGGAGCCUGCUGAAAGAAGAGAAGCAGCGAGUAAAACUGCAGAAGACUCUUUCCAAGCUGCAGGAGGAGCUGGAGAGCAGGAUCCAGGCCUGGGAGCAGGAGCGUGAGGAGCCUUUCCUGGUGAAGGGACAGCAGUUCAUGGAGUAUGUGACAGAGCAGUGGCAGCUGUAUCACAUGGAGAAAGAGAAGGAGAAACAGGAGCGGCACCUGAAGAAAAGCCGCCAGAUUGAGACAGAGAUGAUGUAUGGGAGCACCCCAAGGACUCCUAUCAAGCGCCGAGUGCUUGGUCCCCACACGCCUGGCAAAGUAAGGAAGCUCAAUGGCACUUCCCUCUCCACUGCCACUCCCAACAGCACCAUUCGUUCAGCUUUUGGGGCAACUCUCUUCCAUUCACCAACGUCUCGGCUACCACCCUCUGGAGGGAAGCUUGGCCAGGUGCGGACCCCCAUCUGCGUGGCUGCGAAGCCCCCCCGGCCCGGACACAGGGAGUGGAACAAGGAGAACCUGUCACAGCUGAACGGAACCACCCUGAGCGGUGGGUGCAGCCCCGCAGCCCCUGCCCAGCGUAACCACAGCGUUAAUUCUGUUGCCAGCACCUAUUCUGAGUUUGCGCGUGAACUCUCAAAGGCCUCCAGGUGUGAUACCAGCUCCCGCAUCCUCAACUCCACCACCACCAAUGCGUUCUGCUGAGGUGCUGCCUUGGGCUCCAGUU